AUGCCCAGCCUUUCCCAAGAAAACCAAGGGUACCUGGAAGAGCAUCUUUCCAGGAAGGCUGCACGGGCACAAUUGCUGCCCCUCUUCAGAGCAGAGAAAGAUUAUAAUCCCAGUAUUCACCAAGACACAGAAAAUGAAGUGGGAUCCCAAGAUGUAACUGGUGUCAAGCUCCCAGACUCCACCGGGUCGACUUAUUUCGCCACCUUUCUAGCCUGCUCUCCAGCGUCUUCUGCGACGACCCCCUCCCGUGGCUUGCCUGCGCGCUGGGACUUUCCCUCUCAGCCAAGCUCCUGGCCUACUGCCUGGCUCUCUCCAGAGCCCCACCGCCUACUGUUCCUACUUGAGGCCUCAAUGGCACUGCCAGGACGACGUCCGAGGGGUCGUCUACUGAAGCUGACAAGUCCGAAUCCGGAGCCCAGAGGAGAGGACGCCUGUACUGAAAAGAGUUCACCGGAGUCCCCUGUGGGAUCUGAGCAGCCGGAAAUGCGGAUGCGGCAGAUGUGCGGCGGAAGUGAGACCCAGGGCUCUGUCCCAAGCCAGCAGGGUGGCCGGGGCUCCAAUGCCUGCUGCUUUUGCUGGUGCUGCUGCUGCAGCUGUUCUUGCCUCACUGUCAGAAACCAAGAAGACCAGAGAACCCAAAGAGCUUCCCAUGAAAUCAGAACAGACAUUCCAGCAUGUGAAGAAAGCCCCACGCCUACUCUGGAAGAAGUCUGUGCCUGGGCCCAGUCUUUUGAUAACCUGAUGGUCACUCCAGCCGGAAGAAAUGCAUUCCGGGAAUUUCUUCGAACAGAAUUCAGUGAAGAAAACAUGCUCUUCUGGAUGGCCUGUGAAGAACUGAAAAGGGAAGCUAAUAAAAGCACUAUUGAGGAGAAAGCAAGGAUAAUAUAUGAAGAUUAUAUUUCUAUUCUCUCUCCUAAAGAGGUCAGCUUGGACUCCCGAGUACGAGAAGUUAUCAACAGAAACAUGGUGGAUCCAUCCCAACACAUAUUCGAUGACGCUCAACUGCAGAUCUACACUCUAAUGCACAGAGACUCCUAUCCCCGCUUCAUGAACUCCACAGUCUAUAAGGAUUUGCUUAAGUCCUUAGCUGAGAAAACAGUUGAAGCAUAGGUGGUUUCAAAUAUAUUUAUUAUUAACAAAACAAGAAAGUAACUCAUGGACUAUAGCUAGCACAGGGAAUUUAGAGAUAGGAUGUCUUGUGCUACAGUGAUUCUUGGACUGUUGUAAUAACAGAUUCUUCCUCCACAGAAGGCUAUAGAUUCACAAUGGAAACUACAGCCGCCUUUAGUGAUACUUACCAGGAAAAAAGGGGUGGGGGUAUAAGAAAAAAGGGGGUGGGUGUAUGACUGCCUUAGAAAGAUAGUGUGCUCACAUUCACAUAACAGUAGCAUGUUCUCAAGGGCAGAGCAUGUACUAGUCUCUGUUCUGCCUGCAGCACAGAUGUACAAAGAGCAAAUGGGAACACUUUGUUUUGCAUGAGUUCAAUACUGUAUUACCCUCCAAAGAAACGGCAUUCAAAUCUUUCUCAACCAACCCUUCCUUCAUUCUGAAUACUUCACUUGGUACCAUGCUAGGACUGAGAGUCAUAUUUCACAAAGAUGUGACUAUUCCUUGUAAAAAUGAAAUCUCAAACUCUCAAUCUCUCUCUCUCUCUCUCUCUCUCUCUCUCUCUUCCUCCUUCCCUCCC